AUGGCUCAACGAUUAACUUAUCGCCGUCGUUUAUCAUACAAUACAAGAUCGAAUCGGGUUAAAGUUAUCAAAACACCCGGUGGUAAAUUGACAUAUCAAUAUGUUAAAAAACGAGGAACAGUCCCCAAAUGUGGUGAUUGUAAAAUUGAAUUGCCAGGAAUCAAAGCCUCGCGUCCAAAAGAACGUAUGACAAUGACCAAACGCUUGAAAACUGUCUCUCGUACAUAUGGAGGUUCACGAUGCGCAAAAUGUGUUCGACUUCGCAUUGUUCGAGCCUUUCUUAUUGAAGAACAACGUAUCGUUGCUAUGGUUAUGAAAUCGAAAAAAGCAGUGGGUCCAGCAGAAACAGCAGCACCACCGACAAGCCAAAAAUCGAAAUAA